GUCGAAUAAACAUCGAUUGAAUUACUCAAUUUCUCUAUUUCCGGUUUUACUUUCAAUAUUAUUAAUAUAGAAACAUGUUGCCAUUAUCCCUGUUACGAACAGCUGUUAACCAUCCUAUGUUAGUGGAGUUAAAGAAUGGAGAAACUUAUAAUGGACAUUUAGUCAGUUGUGAUAACUGGAUGAAUAUCAAUUUAAGAGAGGUCAUUUGUACAUCCAGGGAUGGUGAUCGGUUUUGGAGAAUGCCUGAGUGUUACAUCAGAGGCAGCACAAUCAAAUACCUAAGGAUCCCUGAUGAGGUGAUUGACAUGGUCAAGGAGGAGGUUAUUCAGAAAUCAAAGGGCAGAGGGGAGAUGAGGGGUCGAGGAGGCCCCCAGAGGGGUGGACGAGGAGGCAGAGGUAUGCAUUCAACAAUUAACAUGCAGGGACCGGGGUUUGAAUUCAUUAACAAUGUGUUCAAAGCACUCUUUAUAUGCAAUAAAGUUAAUUGGUACCAGACAUGGUUAAGGAUAUAUACUACACCAUCAUGAUAUCUAACUUCCUUUUAAAACAUCAAUGAAAAUGUAUAUACAAUGUAUAUCAACGAUAUUGGUAAUUCUGUUUAGAUUUGAUUGCCUUGCUGGGUAGCUCUGUUGGUUAACGUGUCGACUGCUGAUAUGUAGAUCAUGAGUUUAAGUCCAGCAGGGGUUUUAAUUUUUUUUUUAGAUUUCUUUCUACUAAAACUGCAUUUUUUAACUAAAUAAAGUAAAUUUGAAAGGUUUCAAUUUUAAAACACUUUUGUACAUAUCCUCCACCUUUCAUCUAUAUCAAAUUUCUCUGAUGUGUUAUUCCUCCUUAAAGAGGAUGCCUGGCUUGGAGAAUAGCGUCAAGUGAAAAAUAGAUUUUGUAUAUAAUACACUACAGAAAUACUUACUGAAUGGACAUUUUGAAUUACUUGUAUAUUUAGAAUCUAAUCUCAAUAUGAAUUUUUCUGACUUGGAUUAAAUCAGUUUGAAAGUUUGACUUCAGUCUAUUCUCACUUUAUGGUCAUGAAACUUUGUUACGAAAUGAAAUUAAAUGGAACAUUUUGCUUUAAACAAGUCACAUAGUUCUGUUUCUCUUGGUGGCUUGUUAUAUUUGUUUUACAUUGAAUUACUGUUGCAUGAUAGUUAAUAUGCUGAUGUUAGGUUCAGUUCUUAUGAAAUCCUAGAGUUAUUCCCCUUGCAUUGUUACAUGCCAAAACAGUCCAAUAAAAUCAAAAUAUAUUGGAAUAUCCUCUGUUCUGCUUGGCUAUUUACAUUUUGUAGUUAUUCAAUGAAAAAAGUAUUUUCAAAAAAAAUAACUUGAGGCAAACGUUCAAGUGAUCUCCUCUGAUCAAAACUUUAUCUUUUCAUUCAUUUCUUUAUCUGUUGAUGGAUAUGAAAUAAGAAUAUCUGAAAUAAAUUGAUUGGAUGUGAUUGUCAAAAAGGAAUUUUCGAUCAAAAUACAAAAUAAUGAUGCUUUGAAACCAUCAUGGAUACACAAUAAGUAGUCCUGAUAAUAUGGUAAUAUUGGUAGAGUAUAUGAAAAAGGAAA